AUGUUCCGGCAUCUCAACCAAUGGCAAAACCCCAUGGACCAGGCUUCUGUCGUGCAUGGGCAAACAGGAGGCAUUUUCGGCCACAGCAAGACGCUCAAGAUCGAAGAACGCGAAUUUGACCACACGACAUCCGACGGCCAGUACUACAAGUUCUUUUUGGUGGACACACCCGGAUAUGGCGACCACGUUAACGUUCGCAAAAAUUUUCAACCAGUGGUCGAUUUCAUUACGAGAGGGAGCAGGAGGUAUCUGGCUGAGAUUAAAAUGGGCAACGACACUCCGUCGGAGGACGGCAGGGCGGAUGUUUGCUUAUAUUUUAUCGCAGCCCAUCGGUGCAAGCCCAUCGACAUGGAAUACAUAAAGCAGCUCUCCAAGGUUGUUGCUGUGAUUCCCGUGAUCGGGAAGUCCGACAGUAUGACGGUCGACGAGAUGAUUGACUUCAAAAAGGCCAUCGCCGACUCAGCCGCCCAGGCAAACGGCCUCGAAUUCUUCAACUUUUCGGAGCGGGCAUGGGAAAAGUGCUUGGCAGCCCUGAACAUUGCCGAUGAACCCAUCUGGCUGGGAGAGAGGCGGCCACCGCCGUACGCGGUGAUUUCAAGCCAGGUCGACGACCCCAACGGAAAAGCUCACGCUCCUGAUCCAGUACGCAGAUACCCGUGGGGUGAGUGUCAUGUUAUGAGACCGGAGCACAGCGACAAUACUUACCUUCAAUGCCUCCUUCUGGAGGUGGGGUUCCAGGACAUGAAGGACGAGAUGAAGAAGCGCUAUGAAGCCUUCAAAAAGCAAGAGGCGAAGCUCCUGGUGACACGAAUUGGAGAGAAAAUUUGGGAGUAUCGCCUUGCCAUUGCCUCCGGCAAGCCGUCGAUUAUCUCGGUGGUGCUGGCGCUGAUUUUCACUUUUGUGGCGGUGAUUCUGGCAACCACUGAGGUUAACUUAAACGAGCCUUCCACGGGCCUAGCUGAUUGGAGCGAAGUAAUUCUCAAGAUUCAGCAGGUCAAAGGAUCGGACCGAGUCGUGACAGCGGUGGACUCCGGGGAGGAAACCCUGGACGUCCUUAUGGAGGUGCUGAUGGACGACCGAAAAAUGUGGACGGAAACCUCCGAGGAGGCCCAGCGGGAAGCACCAUCAGGUAGAAAAGCUGCCACCAUCGGAAAGGACCCCGCCGCCAAGGGAACAGAUCACCCCCAGGUUCCGGAUGAACCAGCGACUCAGUCUACCGCCACACAAACGAGUGGCUCCGUCAUGAUGCCCGAUGAUGGAUCUUCGCGAAACAGCCAAUCUCUAAGGAAGACAGAGGAGGCCACCAGCUUCUCCUCCACAAGCAAUCCCGCAAUCGAAUCCGAUAAGCCGGUGAGCAUCUACUACAUCCUCGGGUAUUCGGCACUCUCGGUUCUCCUUGCAACCUGUGGCCUUGUUGUUUGGGCAGUCGUGGCGUUCUUGAAAGUCGGUAGCCAUGUGUUUGCUACCGCGUUCAAGUGUUCGUCACUCUUUCGUGAAGCACGAGGUUCGAACACGAUUGCUGGACGCCCUCAUGGAGUUGCAAAUGGAGCGCUAGGAGAUUUGCACGGAAACCCCCGAGGAGGCGCAGGUCGGUCUGACCACCUUUGCCAAGAGUAUCAUGGUACGCUUGUUGAACGUGGAGAGGGGGGGUGCCGAGACAAAAUACGAUGGUCACGUUCACCGGAUACUCUCAACAAGCACGUUGAAAUGAGUGGUUUCGGCGCUGUUCCCGCCUUCGUCGUUGCUCCGUCGUCUACCCGCCUCUUUGUCGUUCAGGAUACAUCAUCACAAGGCGCAAAAGCUACAAUUGAAGAAGGGGCCGCCACACAGGAAGCAGAUCUUUCUGAAUCAGCAGCUUGGUCUGCCGGCACACAACCGAGAGGCUUCACCACUACCCCCAACGGUGUUCCUCCGCAAACGGACUUGUCGGAGACAAUUAACCUAGUUGACCGUACCGAUCCCCCUGAAUUGGACUUGUCGGGGAUAAUUAACCGUUUGUUUGCUGCUGUGCAACUCUCGGCUGCCGUUAGCUUGUGUGGGUGUGUUCUGUGGGGAGUAAGAAGUCUGAAAUAAAUGUUGAUUGCCG